AUGCGACUGCCACUAGCAGUCGUGGGCCUUGUUUCCCUGCUGUUUUCGUGCGCAUUAGCAGAACACACAUCGAACUGGGCGGUCCUCGUGUCUACUUCUCGUUUCUGGUUCAAUUAUCGCCAUCUCGCCAAUGUCCUCUCCUUAUACCGAACUGUCAAACGUCUCGGGAUCCCCGACUCGCAGAUCAUCCUCAUGCUUCCUGAUGACAUGGCCUGUAACCCGCGCAACGCCUUCCCGGGCACAGUCUACAGCAACGCUGACCGCGCGGUGGACCUCUACGGCGAGAAUAUCGAGGUCGAUUACCGGGGCUACGAGGUGACUGUGGAGAAUUUCAUUCGAUUGCUCACCGACCGGCUCGACGACGAUGUCCCGCGAAGCAAACGUCUUGGCUCUGAUGCCGGGAGCAACGUGCUGGUGUACAUGACGGGUCACGGUGGCGAUCGGUUUCUGAAAUUCCAGGACUCCGAAGAGAUUGGCGCGUGGGACCUGGCGGAUGCUUUUGGUCAAAUGUGGGAAAAGAAACGCUAUCAUGAACUGCUGUUCAUGAUCGACACGUGUCAGGCCAAUACCAUGUAUACUCAUUUCUACUCCCCGAAUAUCAUCGCCACAGGAUCCAGCGCACUGGAUCAGUCAUCUUACUCGCAUCACGCGGAUAAUGACGUGGGCGUCGCAGUCAUCGACCGAUGGACAUACUACGUACUAGAAUUCCUCGAGACGCAGGUGACAUCGCCAAAUUCAAAGCAGACCUUGGGCGAUCUUUUUGAUUCGUACGAUGAGAGCAAGAUUCAUUCACAGCCCGGUUUGCGAUGGGACUUAUUCCCUGGCGGUGAACAGGAAGGUCGGCUGCGAACUGUGGUUGAUUUCUUUGGAAAUAUUCAGAAUGUGCAGGUGGAAAGUAACGCAACGUCGGGUCCGGGUUCGCUCAAGGAAGAUUUAGACGAAAUUGCCCGGCUUGUUGAAAAAUGGCAAAACCGCGAGCAAGAGUACCCUUUCUUGUACCGGGGAAAAGGAGAGAACCACACCUUCUCGAAAACCCAAUCUCCUCCUGCUUCUUCACUUGCCAAUAAAAAAGACCGUCAGGUCGUUGCAGGUGCUAAAAAAAUGACCGAUGAGGACGGUUGGACAAAACGACUCGUUGGUCUGGCAGUUUUCGGUGCAGGCACAGGUCUUUGGCUGGCUGGAUCAGUCUUGGGCAGGAAAGUCUGA